GCAUUCAUUUACUGCCAUAAGUCCUCGAAAUCAACCCAAUCACUCUGUUUCAGCCUACCCAUCCAUCACCAGAUCUUCAUCUCCCCCACCAAAUGGAUAUUUUUCCCAUUAAUUAACCCACACCCCCCACAUCUUACACCCCCAAUCUCUCCAGAUCCGAUCAUAUCAAACCCUAAUUCACCCCAAUUCGACCCACAAUGGCAGUAGUACAGAAGCAACAUUACGCUACAAGCAGUCUAGUAAUCGGGUACGCUCUAUGUUCAAGCUUACUAGCAGUAAUCAACAAAUUCGCCAUCACUAAAUUCAAUUACCCAGGUCUAUUAACCGCUUUACAGUACUUAACUUCCGCUUUAGGCGUCUGGGUUUUGGGGAAAUUAGGGUUCUUAACCCACGAUCCAUUCGUGUGGGAAACCGCCAAGAAGUUUUUACCAGCUGCUGUUGUGUUCUAUUUAGCUAUCUUUACAAAUACAAAUCUGUUACGCCAUGCGAAUGUCGAUACAUUCAUAGUUUUUAGAUCAUUAACACCCCUUUUGGUAGCUGUUGCUGAUGUUGUGUUUAGGAAGCAACCGGUUCCGUCGAAAGUGACAUUCGUGUCGCUUUUGGUUAUUCUCGGGGGCGCGGUUGGGUACGUUGCGACGGAUUCGGGGUUUACGUUGACUGCGUAUUCGUGGGCGUUUGCGUAUUUGGUUACGAUAACAACCGAAAUGGUUUAUAUUAAACAUAUGGUUACGAAUCUCGGGUUGAAUACGUGGGGGUUUGUGUAUUAUAACAAUUUGUUGUCGCUUAUGAUGGCUCCGUUGUUUUGGGUUGUGACGGGUGAGUAUACGGAUGUGUUUGCGGCAGUUGGGUCGAACGGUGGGAAUGUGUUUGAGGCUGUGGCGUUUACUGCGGUUUCGUUGUCGUGUGUGUUUGGGCUUUUGAUUAGUUUCUUUGGGUUUGCGUGUCGGAAGGCGAUAUCUGCGACCGCGUUUACUGUCACUGGAGUUGUGAACAAGUUUCUUACGGUGGCUAUUAAUGUUGUGAUUUGGGAUAAACACGCUAGUCCGUUCGGGUUGUUUUGUUUGCUUGUGACGAUUGCUGGAGGUAUUUUGUAUCAGCAGUCGGUAACAGGAGUUAGUAAUCCGUCUGCGCAACGGGAUCCUGCGGCGUCUAAGCUAAUGGAGAACAAGGAUGACGUUGAUGAGUAUUCGGAAGAAGAUCAAGAAAAGGGCAGCGUAUAAGCGGUUUGAUUCUCGUAUGAAGCGGUUUUGGUCAACCGAAGCUUUUGAGUUGGUUAGUUGUAUACUUUUAUGUACUACAUUGUCAGCUAUAUUAUUUUCUUUUGGAUUCGUAUUAUGAAUGCUAUAUCGAAUAGGUCUUUUUUUGCAAAUUACGAACGAUUUAUGCCUUGUGUAUUCGGGCAUCUUUGUUUUGUUAAAGCAGUGAACAUUACUUGUUUUGUCAAUGAGUUUUAAUUUUAAAUUAUAAGCAUGCAAUUUCAUUAUCAA